GCCACCUUCCUGGGAUGUACCGGUCAGCCUAGAAACUGGCUCCUCUUCUCCCUUCUCUCGGGCCCUAAGACAGUGUCUGAUGGAGCUUUCCUACCAGACCCUCAAAGUCACUCACCAGGCGCGGGAAGCGUGCGAGAUGAGAACAGAAGCACGAAGAAAAAACCUUCUAAUUUUGAUUUUGCAUUAUCUAACACAGGAAGGAUAUUUCGACACAGCCAAUGCUUUGGAGCAAGAAACUAAACUGGGGUUACGACGCUUUGAAGUCUGUGACAACAUUGAUCUUGAAACCAUUUUGAUGGAAUAUGAGAGUUAUUAUUAUGUAAAAUUUCAGAAAUACCCCAAAAUUAUCAAAAAGGCAUCAGAUACAGCAGAAAAUAAUUUACCAAUAAGAAGUGGAGGGAAGACCAGAAGAGUGAUAAGCGACAGUUAUCAAAAUCUUCCCAAGAUCAGUCAACAGAGGCCUCGGUCCAAAAGCACGGCGGGGAAGUCAGGGAACGCCAAAUCCCUCCAUAAGGAGCAUCCUAAACAGGAGGUUGUCAAUAGCACUCAUGUGCAGAAUGCUGACUUCGGCUUACAUGUAUCAGGGAUCAACAGAGGUGGUGGCGAAGAAAACCUCCACCCACCCAAAGGCCAAAUCAUCGACUUCCGAGGACUAAUCACAGACGCCAUCAAAGGAGCCAGUGGUGAACUGGGCCUGAACAGCAUCAACUGUGACCCAGAUCCCUCAGAGCGACUGCUGAAGCCGCUGAGUGCAUUUAUUGGCAUGAACAGUGAGAUGCGAGAACUGGCAGCCGUGGUGAGCCGGGACAUUUAUCUCCAUAAUCCAAACAUAAAGUGGAAUGACAUUAUUGGACUCGAUGCAGCCAAGCAGUUAGUCAAAGAAGCUGUUGUGUAUCCCAUAAGGUACCCACAGCUAUUCACAGGAAUUCUUUCCCCCUGGAAAGGACUGCUGCUCUACGGCCCUCCAGGUACAGGAAAGACUUUGCUGGCCAAAGCCGUGGCCACGGAGUGCAAAACCACCUUCUUUAACAUUUCCGCAUCCACCAUUGUCAGCAAAUGGAGAGGGGAUUCAGAAAAACUUGUUCGGGUGCUAUUUGAACUUGCCCGCUACCACGCUCCCUCCACCAUCUUCCUGGACGAGCUGGAGUCAGUGAUGAGUCAGAGAGGCACGUCUCCUGGGGGGGAGCAUGAAGGGAGCCUUCGGAUGAAGACAGAGUUACUGGUGCAGAUGGAUGGGCUGGCUCGUUCAGAAGACCUGGUGUUUGUCUUAGCAGCCUCCAACCUGCCGUGGGAGCUGGACUGUGCUAUGUUACGCCGCCUAGAGAAGAGGAUUCUGGUUGAUCUCCCCAGCCAGGAGGCCAGGCAGGCCAUGAUCCACCACUGGCUGCCCCCGGUGAGCAAGAGCAGAGCUGUGGAGCUGCGCACAGAGCUGGAGUACAGUGUGCUGAGCCAGGAGACAGAGGGCUACUCCGGCUCAGACAUUAAGCUAGUCUGCAGGGAAGCGGCCAUGAGGCCUGUAAGGAAGAUCUUCAAUGCACUUGAAAAUCACCAGCCAGAGAGCAGCAAUUUACCCAAGAUCCAGCUGGAUACAGUGACCACUGCCGACUUUUUGGAUGUGUUAGCUCACACCAAGCCUUCAGCAAAGAAUCUGACUCAGAGAUACUCAGCCUGGCAACGAGAGUUCGAGUCUGUUUGAAGUCAUACUCACCCCUGCCUGGCCUCAAAGACCACCACAGAGGCCUCUUGGCUUUAUUAGUGUCAGCGGAAGAGGAUCAUAACAACUGGAACAUAGACAGUUGUUCUUGAAGAUUGAAUUAAUUUGGACAACUGUAUUUUGGAAAUCUGAGGUAUUUUCAUGAUAAAUGUCAGCAAUAUAGUGAAGAUUUCAAUUAUAGCUGUAUGUGCUAUUAGGUCAUACGAUGGAGAUUUUUUUUUACAGACACUAUAAAAUUUAAAUGAACAAUUUCUUAGGGUUUGUGAACAGUUUCCUCAUUUGUGAACUGGCACAUUCACUUGGAAGAAAAAGUAGUUAAGAGAGUUGUGUUGGAAAGCAUGGGAUGGCCUUAAGUUGGGGGAGGCAAGUAGAAGCUAAGCUCGGCAGCCCCCCUAACCAGCUGACAGGGCAGUGGUGGGUAAGGAUGGAAACGGGAAAGAAGAUAUAGUCUGUUUCUCACUCUGGACACCGUCUGAAUCACAUCAGUUCUUCCUAAUUAUGACCCCAACCAGUCCUGUCACCUGCAAACCCCUCCCAACCUAACUCCCACUCGGAAAUGCCACGGACCCGUUGCCAGAGAUGAGCAGCUGGAGUCCAGCGCGCACAGCCAGGGGACCAGCAUACCACCGGCAGCUACCAGUUUGACUCUUCAGUCCCAGCCCCUUCUAACAUCUUUGACUCUCACACCUCAUCCAGGUGCGCUGUCCUGCUUCUAGUGCUACACGCCUCGUGGGAUCUAAACUUCAGGAUGGGGUCCUUGAGCUUCUGGAAGUUAUCCUGGGUCUUCCUUGCUCUUAGGCGCCUUCCGAUCUCUUUAUAAAUUUAUAAACAGCCAGAAGCAUCUCCUUCAGAAACCCACAAUUUGAAGCACCUACUUUCAAUUUCUGACAAAAGUUGAAGGAUUCCACCAAGUAAGGCCACCUGCCUCACCAAUU